UUGAACUAUUUUGGUAUUGUGAUAAUUAAUCUUCUUGAGCAGAAUAUCGGCUCUGAAGCCAUUAUAACUUCAAUGGCUUGUUGGUUAAUUUGUAAUACUUUUUUUUCAAAUAAGUUUUUUUGGACUACAAAACUACUGGCAGUAAAUAACCUUCUUGAGCAGGAAGCUGCUACAGCUUCAACGGCUCGUUGGUUAACUUAA